AUGAACACAACCUUCAACUCGGCGCUCAAACAGCGCACAACCAUCCGCAAAGACCUCUCCACCCUGUCCUCACCCUCUCAACAGCCCAACCAAAUCCCGACCCCAGCCGCGUUAGGCUCUCUCACAGCCUCCCUAACCGCCUUUCAACGGACCAUCGAUGAGUACAACGCGCUCGCAAAACAAGAACUCAACACAACCAAGCAAGAGAAGGCCUUCGAGCGCAUCCGCGAUUUCCGGGCAGAACUCUCCGGGUUUCGGUCGCAGGUGGAUGCACUCAAGGCUGCGCGUGAAGAGAGCGUGUUAGUAGAGACCCGCGCAGAAUUAUUUGGGAGGAGGGGGUAUGCGGGGGACGGCGGGGCAACGCCAGAGAACCCGUACGCCAACUCGACAGCGUCUGGGUAUGGGGGCGGAAGCGGAAGCGGAGCUGGGAGAGGCCACGCGCGGACGACCAGCAUCGCGGAGGCCGGGAGCGGUAGCGGUAGUGGUGGGUUGGGAAUGGGCAGCGGGGACGCCACGCGGGAGAGCCACGCACUGCGGGAGCAGGCAUUUUUCGCCAACACACACUCGGCGCUGGACGAGUAUCUGGCACGUGGGCAGGCGGUGCUGGGGGACCUAAGCCAGCAGCGGGAGAUGCUGAAGUCGACGCAGCGACGGCUGUACUCCGUCGGGAACACGCUGGGGAUUUCAGGGGAUACGAUCCGGAUGGUUGAGAGACGGGCGAAGGAGGACAAGUGGAUAUUUGGAGGGGGAGUAGUGGUAUUUUUUCUGUUUUGCUGGUUGGUGUUGCAUUAUUUGCGAUGA